CUGCUUGUAGCGCGAGUCAUCCUUCGAGGGGAUAAGUUAUAACGAACUUCUCAAUAUUCAUCAGUUCAUCUUACUCUAGGUCCAGUAUUAUAUACCAUUUUCAGGUUUCUUCGCUAGAAAGCACCCACCAUGUCCAUCAUCACCCAUAUCGUCCUCUUCCAGUUCAAGGCAGAUGCCAGCCCAGAAGCCGUGAAAGAUGUCUGUACACGGAUGCUAGCUCUCAGAGAGAACUGUCUCCAUCCCACAUCUCAGAAGCCUUAUAUCCUCACAUCGUCAGGCGGGGUAGAUAACUCCAUAGAAGGGAUUCAGAAUGGAAUAACCCAUGCUUUUGUGGUUAAAUUCGCUAGCACCGAAGACCGGGACUACUACGUGAACAAGGACCCCGCACACAGGACUUUUGUGCAGAGUCUCGAUGGGGUAAUUGAGAAGGCCCAGGUCGUUGACUUUACUGGAGGAGUCUUUUAAAUAUGUCGAUAUAUUUGUGUUUCUGUCAAGGCAGCAAAGACAACGAGAACUACAUCAGGGGGGGGGGAUUCAUUCUGCUGGUCUAUAUUAUGAAUAUCUUCCUAUGAACCGCAAUGAAAGAUGUUAAACCAACAGAUAUUCAAACAAAGAAACA